AUGAAGGUGUACGCGCACUGGGACGGCGAUCCGCAGUUCACGCUCAUCGCCGUAGUCGCGGAUCGCGCGGCCGCGACGAGCGCAGGCGGUACGAGCUGCGUGCGGACAGCAGCGGAGCUCAUCGCGCGGUUCGCCUCCGCUUUCAAUGCCAAGCACCCCUCCCACGCCCCUCUCUCGCCCUCACUUCUCUCCCUCCACAAGUCAAGGGGUCAAGUGGUGGGUGGCAGCACAGCGCUGAGCAAGGCAGUACAAGACCUGGAUGACCUCUUCCCUGCUCCUCCUGCAUCCGCCAUCCCCUCAGCACCCGCCAAGCACCUCUCAAGCUCAUCCCGUGUGCCGUCUGUGGCCCCUGUGACACCUGUGCCGUCUGCCUCUGCUGCCACCACCCAGCGCACCACAGCUGCUUCUCUCGCACAGGUCAGGCUGUGUACCCGCUUGUCAGCCGUGCCGUUUACUCUGCUCUCCUUGCUGCACCUCUGUCUCACCUCCCACCCACUCCACAUGCCUGCUGCACCCCCGCAUCCUCGCCUGCCCUUGCUCCAAGCCCCUGUCCCACCACACUCACGCACCACCUCAGAGCCCUCCCUCCACCCCUGCUUAAUCUUCUCCUGCUCUCUCCCGUUCUCAACUCUUCGUACCUCACCCCUGUCUCUGCCAGUCGCCCCUCGCGCUGCCGCUGGUGCGCCAUGCAGCACAGCAGCUGCUGCAGGCGCAGAGGAAGGGCCAGUACCGGGCACGAUGGCUGCUGGAGUGUGGGGCACAGAGGGGAUGGGGGGUUGGCAUUUGGAAGGGGGAGUAAGGGGGGCCCGGGGGAAUAGACGGCCUCCUGCCUGUGCCAUGCUGCUGUGCCAUGCCUGUUCACUCGUGCAUUUUCCAGGGCACGCCAUGCUGCUGGCCAAUGAGCUGCUAGCAGUGGCACCCAACCUCAAGCUCGCCUACAGGGCACUGGCGGCCAUGCACAUGGCCAUAUCGCGCCACGACCGCGCUCUCCCAGUGCUACAAGCAGCCGUGGCAGCACACCCCGCCGACCCCCUCCUGCACCUGCGCCUCGCGCAGGCCACUCUGCACGUGCAGCAACCCACUGAAGCGCUCCCCCUGGCUGACCGUGCGCUCUCCCUCGCGACCAAGCAGGGCUGGCCGCAGCAAAGCAAGCGCAGGGGCGCGGGGAAGGGCGGGCGAGGGGGGGGCAUGGUGGGGGUGCUGGGCAGCAAGCAGAGUGCCGCACAGAUGAUGCGCCGGGCUAGGGUGAGCGGGCAGCAGGCGGCUGAAAUGUUUGGUCUGCCCGAGAAUGAGGAGGAGGAGGAUGAUGAUGAUGAGGAGGGGGAUGGGGGGAAAGGGGGGAAGGGUGGUGGGAGGAAGGGCGGCGGAGCAGGGGGAGCAUGGGAUGUGGACAGUCCGUAUGCGGGCGAUCCACAUGGCGAUGUCUCAUUGGACGACAUUAAGGUGGAGUGUGGGCGUGCGUUGCUGCAGGCGGGGGCGGUGGACGUGGCAGCAGCAGUGGUGGCGGGAGUGCUGCAGGGCGACGAGCACCAUGAGGGCGCGCUCCUGCUGUAUGGUGAUGUGCUGCUGCAACAACGCAAGGCACAGGCAGGCACACACACACCACAGGGAAAUUCAACGGAACGCCCAGAGGGUUCUGGUGCGGAGAGAGAGGUGAGAGGCGAGACGGAAGGUGGGAGGAUGCACGAGGAGGAGGAGGCGAUGAAGGCGUACCUGCGCGUGCUACUAGCACACCCACAGCAGUCCACGGCUCGCGCCAAGAUCGCCCACGUGCUGCAGCACCACGCCUCCGCGCGCCGCCUGCUGCUCUCCCAGCUGCGAGCCGGCGCAGGAGCUCCUGCGGACACGGCGCGUGCGCUGGUGUUCUUCGCCUCAGCAUGCAAGGACCACAGUGCGUUGGACGCCGCGUGUGAGUUCAUGCAGGUCGCUGUGGCGCUCGCUCCUGGGAGCAGCAGUCACGUGCUGGCGCUGCUGCAUCUGCAUGAAGUCAUGCUCAAUGGCUGUGCUGCGCUGCACCUCGCGCGCUCCUUCUGCGAAGCACGCCCUGGGUUUCGCCUCGGUCCCAUCACGCUUGGCUCGGUUUUGCCGUUUUUGCUCGGGCUGCCCAUCCACCCGGGCAGCUGCGAGGAUGCUUCUCCCUGCCCGCAUGAGCGGGGCGUGCAGCUGGAGUUCCUCCGGAGGUGGGAUGGUGGGGGCGCACAGGAGGGCGGUGGUGACGAGCUGGGGGCCGGUAGUGCCAGGGUGGCCAGUAGGGGUGCAGAACGCAAUGGGGCAGAUAGCAAGGGGGACAGUGGCGGUGGCGGCGAGGGUGGGGAAGUGGCAGGAGUGGGAAUGGGUAAGGAGGAGUACAAUCCAGAGCAACUAGACAUACUGGCGCUGCUGAUGACGACAGUGAAGGCGCUGUUCCUGGGAGGGGCCGUGCAGCGUGCCAAGGCGGUGGGAGCGCUGGUGGAGCGAGCACGACUGGCGUCUGCGACGCCCCUGCAUCAGACGCUCAUUCGCAACGAGGCGGCGUACUUUGGCUGUGCCUUCCAGCUGCUCACACAGUACCCCAUCCCGCACUCCCUCUCCGACAAUGCACCAGAGCCACUGUUCCUUGCUGGCGACAGUCACUGCAUGGCGGCAGCGUGGCGGGUGGUGCAGCUGAGAGGGCGGCCGCGGCUGCUGUGUCCGGUGCUCAUCACGGGGCUCAAGGCGUGGCACCUGCGCCCCGAAUCCACCUUCUUCCCCAAGGCGUCGUUCCACCGGGCCAUGCAGCGAGUGCCCAAGGGCAGUGAGGUGGUGGUGCUGUUCGGGGAGAUAGACUGCCGAGAGGGCAUCCUCAUCUCUGUCGAUCGCACCAAGUACAAGGACGUGGAGGAGGGGGUGCAGGUGACAGUCGACAUCUACAUCGCAGUGCUGCUCGCGCUCAUCGCAGCGCGCGCCUUUGAGAUCUUCGUGCACCCCGUGCCCUCGGUCAUUCUUGAGACGCGUCCGCUCGCGCGCAUCUACAACGCCACGCUGCGCCGCCGCUGCCUGGCUGCCGCUGCCACCGCUGCUGCUGGGGGGCGACUGCACAUGCUGGACUUUUUCAAUGGCCUGCUCACUGACGAUCAAGAGUCGCUGCGGCGUGAGUUUGAGUUUGAUGGGACGCACAUGAGUCCUCUCUAUCCGUUCGGCCCCCACACAUACCACCACACGUACGUCGCGCAGCAGCAGUGUCUCGCGAAGCAGCAAUCAGCCCGACGACUGGCGGCAAAGGUGGCACGGGGGGAGGUGGUGGCAGAGGAGGGGGAAGGGGGUGGAGCAGCAGAUGGUGGGGACGAGGAGGAGGAGGAGGAAGAGGAGGAGGAGGAGAAGGAGGGGGGGGGUGGAGAGGAGGGUAGGGAAGGGGAGGAGGUGGAUGGGAAGGAGGAAGCGGGGUUUGAGCGGCAGAAUGAGCGGCUGCUGUCUCUCGGUCGCACUCCGGCUGCUGCCCCUGUUGUGCUUCACUACGACAGUGGCAGCCUGGAGACCUUCGUUACUGUCACCACCGACUUUGGAACACAUGAAGACGAGGGGAGGGCCGCCAGUGAGGAGGAGGAAGAGGGGGAGGAGGAGGGCGGUGCUGUGAGGAAUGGUUUAGGGAGAGUGGGAGGGGUGAAAGCACAUGGGCAUAGUGAAGGGGGUGGAGGAAAGAAGGGUGGUGGGGAGAGAAAAAGCACUGCAUUGCAGAUAGCCAAGGGUAGCUGCAGGAAAAAAGGGAAGAGUGGAGGGAGGCAGCAGAUACGCAGGAGGAAGAAGUCGGGAGAAAAGGGGAAGGACCUGAAAAGGAAAAAGCGGCAUGGAAAAUAG